AUGGGGUGUGAGGAAUUUGAACAAAUACCUGGCACUGGCAUGCCAAAAGAAGGUAGCGAUCUGGAGCCACUGGCCUGGCUCCGAGGCCAAAGACCGACUGUGGAUUAUAGACUGCAGACUGAAUUGAACGCUCGGCUGCCGCUGAAUUAUGGACGCUCGUCCGGUGUGACAAGGUCAGCCCUGGUGCGCUGCUGCGCACGCUUGUUGGAUCCACAGUUCUACUUUCGGCUUCUUAAAUCAUCAGAUAGACAUGGAGCUGUUGACUGUGUGACUCAUUUCUUUGUCCAGGUUUUUAGAAAAUCCGAUAACUCAGGGAAUGGAUUGAAUUACCAAAUUCUGUCUUUCCUCCACUCAUAUGUCUUCGUGCAUCAAAACCUAGUGUGUUGGCUGCACUCGCUUCAAGUCAAGAUGAAUCCUUAUGAGGCCAUUCACUUCAGGAGGGAACUCUUUCCACAUUUCUACUUGUUGUAG